AUGGAGGACGCCUACGCCAAGUCCGCCGCGGAGGUGCUCCAAGCGUUCGGCGUGGACCGGACCAAGGGCCUCUCCGACUCGCAGGUGGAGCAGCAUGCCUUGCUUCACGGCAAAAACGUGCUGCCCCAAGAAGAAAGUACCCCCUUCUGGAAGUUAGUUUUGAAACAGUUUGAUGAUUUACUCGUCAAAAUAUUGAUAGCAGCUGCUGUGGUAUCCUUCCUUUUGGCUCGAUUGAAUGGUGAAACUGGAUUAACAGCAUUUUUGGAACCAUCUGUCAUAUUUAUGAUAUUAGCAGCAAAUGCAGCAGUUGGUGUGAUCACAGAAACAAAUGCUGAAAAAGCUCUCGAGGAGUUGCGAGCAUAUCAAGCAGAUGUUGCAACGGUGCUUCGCAAUGGUUGCUUUUCUAUACUUCCAGCAACAGAACUUGUCCCUGGAGAUAUUGUAGAAGUGGGAGUUGGUUGCAAAGUUCCAGCUGACAUGAGAAUGGUUGAAAUGCUAAGCCAUCAAUUGCGUGUUGACCAGGCAAUUCUGACAGGGGAAAGCUGUUCAGUGGCUAAAGAGCUUGAUUCAACUUCAGCAAUGAAUGCUGUCUACCAGGACAAAACAAACAUUCUUUUCUCGGGUACUGUUGUUGUAGCUGGUAGAGCAAGAGCUGUCGUUAUUGGUGUUGGUUCUAAUACUGCAAUGGGAAGUAUACGUGAUGCAAUGCUGAGAACAGAGGAUGAAGCGACUCCACUGAAGAAAAAACUGGACGAAUUUGGCACAUUUCUGGCAAAGGUUAUAGCAGGGAUCUGUAUUCUUGUUUGGGUUGUAAAUAUUGGCCAUUUCCGAGAUCCUUCUCAUGGUGGCUUUCUUAGGGGUGCCAUUCAUUAUUUUAAGGUAGCAGUUGCCCUUGCUGUUGCAGCCAUUCCAGAAGGUCUCCCAGCUGUAGUAACAACGUGCUUAGCUCUUGGUACCAAGAGAAUGGCUCGCUUGAAUGCCAUCGUAAGGUCUUUGCCCUCUGUGGAGACAUUAGGAUGCACAACAGUCAUUUGCAGUGACAAAACUGGCACUCUUACGACAAACAUGAUGUCAGUGUCUAAGGUAUGUGUUGUGCGGUCUGUGCACCAGAGACCAAUAACUGAUGAGUACUCUAUUAGUGGAACCACAUUUGCUCCUGAUGGGUUUAUAUAUGACGCCAGUGAAAAUCAGCUGGAGUUUCCUCCUCAGUCCCCAUGUCUCCUUCAUAUAGCCAUGUGUUCAGCUCUUUGCAAUGAGUCCACUUUACAGUACAAUCCUGAUAAAAAAAGUUAUGAGAAGAUUGGAGAGUCCACUGAAGUUGCUCUGCGCGUUCUGGUGGAGAAGGUCGGUCUUCCUGGCUUUGAUUCGAUGCCUUCAGCUCUGAACAUGCUAACUAAGCAUGAGCGUGCAUCGUACUGCAAUCACUAUUGGGAAAAUCAGUUCAGAAAGAUAUCAGUUCUAGACUUUUCCCGAGAUCGCAAAAUGAUGAGCGUCCUUUGCAGUCGAAAACAACAGGAGAUUAUGUUUUCAAAAGGUGCCCCUGAAAGUGUAAUGGCAAGAUGCACACAUAUAUUGUGCAAUGAUGAUGGGUCUUCUGUACCAUUGACUAUGGACAUACGUAAUGAGCUGGAAGCUAGAUUUCAAAGUUUUGCAGGAAAAGAUACCCUAAGGUGCCUAGCAUUAGCAUUAAAACGAAUGCCAGAAGGCCAACAAAGUCUUUCCUAUGAUGAUGAGGCAAAUUUAACAUUUAUUGGAUUGGUUGGGAUGCUUGACCCUCCAAGAGAUGAAGUUCACAGUGCUAUCCAUUCUUGUAUGUCAGCAGGGAUUCGUGUUAUUGUUGUUACUGGGGAUAACAAGUCCACUGCAGAAUCUCUAUGUCGGCAAAUUGGUGCGUUUGAGCAUUUAGAUGACUUUACAGGGUAUUCAUAUACAGCAUCAGAAUUUGAAGGGCUUCCUCCUUUGGAAAGGGCAAAUGCAUUGCGAAGGAUGGUUCUGUUCUCCAGAGUGGAACCUUCUCAUAAGAAGAUGCUUGUUGAAGCCUUGCAAUCACAUAAUGAAGUGGUUGCAAUGACUGGUGAUGGAGUCAAUGAUGCACCUGCCCUGAAAAAAGCAGAUAUAGGAAUAGCUAUGGGAUCAGGAACUGCUGUUGCGAAGAGUGCUUCAGAUAUGGUAUUGGCUGAUGACAACUUUGCUACAAUUGUUGCAGCUGUUGCAGAGGGAAGGGCCAUAUAUAAUAACACCAAGCAGUUUAUUCGAUACAUGAUUUCAUCAAAUAUUGGGGAGGUAGUUUGUAUUUUUGUGGCAGCGGUGCUUGGGAUGCCUGACACACUUGUACCUGUCCAGCUACUCUGGGUAAACCUUGUUACUGACGGGUUGCCUGCAACUGCAAUUGGUUUUAACAAGCCUGAUGGCAAUAUCAUGGCAGUUAAGCCUCGUAAGGUGAACGAAGCUGUGGUCAGUGGAUGGCUCUUUUUCCGCUAUUUAGUCAUUGGUGCUUAUGUUGGUCUUGCCACUAUAGCGGGGUUCGUUUGGUGGUUUGUUUAUUCUGAAGAUGGUCCUAGACUACCAUACUCUGAAUUGAUCAAUUUUGAUUCAUGUUCAACCAGGCAAACUUCAUAUCCUUGCAGCAUCUUUGAGGAUCGCCAUCCAUCAACUGUUUCAAUGACUGUUCUUGUUGUUGUCGAGAUGUUUAAUGCCUUGAAUAACCUAAGUGAAAAUCAAUCUCUACUUGUCAUUCACCCAUGGAGUAACCUAUGGCUUGUUGGGUCAAUCAUUCUGACAAUGCUUCUUCACGUAGCAGUCUUGUAUACGGAACCCCUGUCAGCUCUUUUCUCAGUGUCUCCAUUAACUUUGGCUGAGUGGAAAGUUGUUCUUUACCUAUCCUUCCCUGUAAUUUUGAUCGAUGAGGUGUUGAAAUUUUUCUCAAGAAGACCUCAACUUGGAGUUUUCCUUUACGGUUAUGGAGACGCGAAAUGCUUCCUAAAGAAGCCCGAGAUAAUUAAUUUUAGGACUAAGCAAGCUGUGCUUGAUAUAGCAUGA